CCAUGUGUGUGUGUGUUCCGGCACUCACUCGUUCACUUCACUCCCCCGCCUUCGGGUCUAGAUCACCCUCAGAGUACCGGGCCUGCACAAACGAAGCCAACACCAGAGUCAGCUGCAGGGCGACAGACAGUGGCUCCCUCUUUGUCUCUCUGUCCACCCAGGUACCUCCUCGAAGAACUUGGCCGUGACCACCCGGCCACCGAAGAACCGACCGUUGAAAUUCUGCAACGCUGCACACACACACACACCCCGGAAAUGACGACAACGGACAAACCAGUCAAGUCAGUCAGCCAAUCGGCCUGCCUGCCAGGCAUGCCGUCUCUGCCUCCUCCUGUGUGUUUUGUGUGGCGGACCGGACUUACCUUUGGUCGCGUUGUCUUUGGUUUCGUAUUCCAAGAAGAUGCGCACAGCCUGGUCGUCUGGCAGACCUGACACCUGAGCAGCGCAGCGCAGCACACAAGGGGAGGGAGGGGACAGGACAGCACGGGGACCCACAUUUCAUCGGGAGGAUGCCUCGCCAACCCCUCUCUCUCAGUCUCUGUGUGUGUGGUGUGUGUGUGUCUAUCAAUCACAUCACAAGAGCACAUGUACCCAUGUACCUCAUGGACGCGGCAUCGAACGAGGCUGCCGUACUUGGCCCCCUCCUCGGCAGUCUCCUGCUCCAACUCGGCGUCCACCUCACCGGCACCAACCAAGUUCUGAUCGAUAAAACGACAAGACAGACAAGUGACAGACACAGACAGACCCACACGUGUCGUCGAUUUCCUCUCUGGUCAGUCACUUGCCCACCUGCAGCAGCAGGAUGCGUGUCGCCGGCCGGCUGGGCUGCGUCGAACGAGGCUGGUCGACCAGACCGGGCCACAGACAGACAGACAGACAGUGGCUGAAUGAGUGGAUGGAUCUCUCUGAUGUGUGUGAUGGGUGUGUACCUUCUUUUUGGCGGCCUCUUCAGGCGGCUGUGCGGCGCCCUGCACAAUGACGCCGCUCCGCUUGUCCACCUUUUUCGCCACCAGGGGGGCGACUAUCCCCUGCUUCUGACGACCCAGACCUGUUUGUUCAUUCAACAGACAGACAGACAGACGCCCACCGCACCGACCCACACAAUUCACUCACUCACAAGAUGCGGGGGUCUUAUCUAAGGGACGCUUUGCUUAUUUAUGUCUGACCUUACCUUGCCCCUCCUUCCAGCCCAUCUUCUCCAUCAGCCGAGCAGCAAAGUCUUUCUUCUUCUCUGACAUACAUACAUGUGUCGUGUGUGUGCAUCCGCAUCGCAUCGCACCCACGCGCCACCACACCGCACAGACAGACAUAUACACGGACACGCAUGACAUGAAGCCAUGCCGUUCUUGCCACUCCUCUCCUUGCAGACAGACAGACAGACAGACAGACCCACCUGGCUCCUUCUCGGCCUCUCCCGCCCCCGUCGGCAAAUGAGCGCGGCGCUUCCACGCCUCCUCACCCUGAUUGAUGAGUGAAUCGAUCACACGCACACAGACCAUUGAGGCACACAUCCAAUGCACACGCAUCUGAAUGGAAAUGUGUGUGUGUGCGUACCGAGACGUUGUUCGGGUGGGCAGCUGUCCCGGCCCGCUCUCGCUCGCGCCUCUGCCGAUCCAGCUCUGCACCAAAGGAGAGAGAGGCAGACGGUACGGUGGUGAAAUACAUGUGGUCGCUGGCUCCACACAUCCAUCCAUCCAUCGAUCUCUCCUUGCUGCCUGCCUGCCUGCCUGGCUGACUCUCCGACCCUUUUGCAUCUUCCUCUGCAUAUCGUCGUGCUUCUUCCGUCGCUUCCUCUCCCUCAGUAUGGCCUCGUAGUUAUUCGGCUUGGCCGGGUCUACAAAACCAGUAGUAAGUAGCCGACACAACACAACCCCGCACCGCAACACACACAACAAACGUACUCAAAGUGAACCAACCAACAACUCGACUCGACACCGCUGCCUCUUCCCGCCUGCCGGCCUGCCCUGCCCUGCCCUGCCCCAUAACAUAAACAGACACGCAGACAGACGUACGUACCGUAUUCCUCGUGCACUCGGUGGUCCUCGCGUUUGGUGGCCGUCGGUGCUGCUGCGGCAUCUGGGCUGGGGGUGGGGGAGGGAGGGGACACCUGGGGGGCCUUCUCGAUCUCCAUCGGGCUGGCGCCACCUGGGUCGUUGGCACCACUCCCAUCUGAAUGAAACUCACACAACCAAACAUCCACCACAGAUGGGCGAAAGAGGCGAGUGCUGCAGCCAGCCAGUCAGCCAGUUAGUCAGUCAGUCACCGGCGAAUGCCGCGAAGGCCGACGCAGCGGGUUUGGGCUCGGCAUCCUCCUCACGCUUCUGUAACCAACCAACCCCACCCAUACGCCAACAACAAGCAAGGGCGAGAGUGAGCGAUGAACACACGCCGGUCAAGGACAUCCAUCCGUCGAUUCUGACCGACUGACCUGUAUGGGUGCUGCCGAGGGUGCUGCGGUAGGCUGUGGCGGCGGCCUCUUCCUCACUGUGUGUGGCAAAAAUAGUUUGGCACGACUGGAGGACCAGGCUGACACACACACACACACCCGUCAGUCAGGCAGACAGACAGACAGGCAAGUGAAAGCGGGAUGAAUCGAAUCCAUCGGUGCUUCAGUGUGUUUCUACCUGUGGCUGCUGCGCCUUCCAGCGGCCUGGUGCCGUCCUUGCCCUCAUCGCCGGCGGAUUUCGACGGCGGCAGGUCGCCGUAGAGGGAACUCAGCAACGGCACGCCGGAUGAAGCCACGAACUUGCCGCUCUCCGCCAUGACUACACACUACACACGCCUGAGUCGAAGAGAACGUUCG